AUCAUAACAGGCCGGAUUGUAAAUCAAUGGACGUUGAAAGAUGUACAGAAACUUAGACAGAUAUAUGAGAAAUAGCAGAGAUUGACGUGACCACUGCAUAUCUUAUUUUAAAACACUGAAAGAAAAGAGGCGAUUUGGAAAAGUUUAGAAAAUCCUGCUACAGUACAAAGAGUCAGAAUGAGUUGCUACCAGAAGUUCUACACGAACCAGAUACAUUCCAGUUCCUUACUAUGUCAGCUAGCCACAAUGUGGAAGAGCCAGGUUCUCUGUGAUGCCGUGAUCAGAACAGGCCCAGUCAUUACGAAGGCACACAGAGUUGUUCUAGUUGCUGCUUGCCCAAUGCUGCAGUCAAUGGACAAUGCCUCAAUGGGUUCACACCUGGAAGUUCGCCUUGCAGCUGACAUAAAACAAGAUUCCAUUAACACAUUUCUACAAUAUUUGUAUGAGGGAUUCAUGAUGCUGACAGAAGAAAAUUGCAGAGAUGUGGAAAAAAUUGCUCGCCUGUUGCAGGUGGACAGUGUUAUUAAGUGUUGUGCUGACUUUCUAAAGUGUCUGAAUGGUGCAACAGGUGCCCCCAUGCCAAUGGAUAGCCAGUAUAAGUACACGUCCUAUGAUAUGCUUGAAUUCCGUCAUGUUAGGUCAUCAGGUUUGCAAAAAAGUGUGAACAUGAAGAGAAUGUCAAAUUUCCCCCGUCCCGUAAGUCCAGGCAGCAAGAGACAAAGAAUGGGUAGACCCUCUAGUCCACUUGUUGAUUCACAUUCCUCUAGUCACAGAGCAGAUGACACAUUAUCCAUGGCACAUAGUUAUCGUUCAAGCCAGCCAGAUCCAUGGGACAGAGUUCCUCAACUAGGUGCAGGCACAAGGCUUCCUACACAACCAGGAGUCAUUGAUAUUGUGGAAGACUGCCUAGAAAUAAUUCAGACUGAAGAGCCAGAGAAAGACGCUAGAGGCAACGUUAAACCAGAUUCAAGACCAAAGCAAAAAUCUGUCUCCAUUGGGGUGUCUAGCCAAAUGAAUACUGCCACAGAUGUUCAUGUGGUGAAUAUAUCUGAUCCAGGUGGUACUGCAGGGCCACCAAAACAGACUACCACAAAUGGUUCUCGUGGCUCCAUUACAGUCAACCCUCUCACCAUGUUCAACGAUCCUACUUCUUCUUCACAAGGAUUACAGAGGUCAGAUACUUCUAAUGAUGUCCAGUUUUCACCAAGGUCAGUUGAAUCAGAAGCAGCGAGGAAAGAAAACUUCCCUCAUGCCAUGACACCACCUCAACAGCCUGUUUUUCCAACUAUGACACCCAUCUCCAGAGCAACAAAUAAACCAUUUGCUGCAGGAAGUGCCACACAGGUCCACCCCUCAGAAAGUGGAGGGAAAACCCAGGCUGAAAGUGAAGAAGGAGACCAAGCACAAGAUCAGGUAAACAGGGUAGAAUCUCAGGAACUUUCUCCAAGUUCUUCUUCUGAUAAAGCUCCGGAUAUUAGUAUAGUGAAAGUGGAAGCUGCGGAUGCACAUACUGGCGGAUUAGACAUGUAUGUGGACAUACCUGAGGAUGGAAUAAUGAGAAUGAAAAGUGGAAUAGAAGAAAGCAUUGAAAAUGAAGAGGAGAGUGACCCAGAACAUGACCAAUCCCAGGAUGCUCUGAGAGAUGACAUGUCAAAUGAGGCUAGCAAUGUCAGUGGAGAUCAGAACAACUCUUGGUACAUCGGCCAAUUUAAGGGACUGAGCAGUGGAACUCGGGAGGUUGAGCUUGCCUCGAGGAUUACUGCAGCGGCCUCGGGUGAAAACUUGGCUGUGAAAUUAUUUAGAGAAUGGCUGGCAGCAUCAAAUGUCUCACAAAGUUUUGAAAACUUUCAAGGAUCUGAACUAAACGAUCUUCUCUAUCGAUUUUACAUCGAAUCUUGCAAUAAACACCUAGAUGUUGAUCGACUUAAAGAAGUUCGUGAUGGUAUAUUCUGGCAUUUAUCAGGAUAUAAUUCAACAUGGAAUCAUACCUUUCAAGAUGGAUCUGCAUUCCAGACAUCCAAUGAGUGUUUAGAAUCUUUGAAUUCAAGAGAAAACUCCACAACAAAAGUGAAACUGCCGCAUAACAAAGUUCCCAUGCUUCAUGAAGACAUUCGGACUCUUAUGAACUCUGGCCUUCUUACCAACAGAAAUCCGAUUGGUUUAUUUAGGAAAGUUUGGUUUGAUCUUGCUAUACACCUUGGAAUUGGAGGUCAAGCAGGUAUGCGUGGCUUGACUGUUGAUUCAUUUGUUGCAGAAGUAGAUGAAAAAGGACGAAAGUAUUACAGAUUAAAUCGCAAAAUAAAUGUGGAUAAGUCUCGCUCCUGUAUGGAGAUGCAAUACUGGUGCUGGGAAGCACGGAUGUAUGAAGUACCUGAAGACACAAAUUGUCCAGUUAAAACUCUUGAUCUUUACCUAGAAAAGAGAAAUCCAUUCAAAAAAGCAUUUUUUCAAAGACCUAAAUCUAAUUUUAGUUCACAUCAUGGAGCUAUUUGGUUUGAUUCUCCAGUGGGUCAUAGUUCAUUGGCAUGUAUGAUGUCACGCAUGAGUGAAGAAGCAGGGUUGAAGAGAAUUUACACCAAUAGCAGUGUACGUUACACUCUGGCAGAUUUGGUGGAGGAAAGUGGACGAUCAGUAGAAGAAGUUCUGGGACAAAAUCCACGCAACAAAACCAGUAAAAGUGUCAUCAUUUUCCCCCCAUCUUCAUUAACAUCUGACGAACACAGAGUCAACAGCAAUAUUAUUCAUGAACUGUUUUAUGGUAACCCAAUGUAGAAAAGGGAGCAUCAAUGGUCCAUAGUUUGAGAGUUCAUUUAUUGUAUAUCAAAAUAUAUCUAUGUCAAAAUUUUAUCAUGUAAAUUCAAUUUUUUAGAUGUACAGUACUUAAUUUCUUGCUUGUAUUUUAAUAUGGUAAAAUUUUAAAAUUCAGUCUUCUUUUGUGGAGUAUUUUUCCUACAGAUAGACCAGACUGUGUCCCAUUCAUAGGAGUUCAGAAAUCAUAGAGAAUAUAGCAUUCAUGUUUUCAAAAAUACUAGAUAUAUAUAAAGAUGAUCAGCAUUUUCUUCA